GGCGGACGUUGUUGUAGUGUUUUGCCGAAGCCGCAAAAAAUGAAAUUUUUUGUUCAAUUGCAGGUGUUCUAUAAGUGUGCAAAUUAGGGUAUAUUUUUGAUGGUAUCUCCACAAUCACUUGACUUGAGCAGGAUACGUCCUCAAGAUGUAGCUGUGGUGAUAGGAUUCCUGGCUGCUAUAUUUAUUUUUAGAGCUCCUGAUGUCUAUGAGCUCAAGCCAGUAUGGAGACUAGACAUAGAAAAGACAACUGGAUCAGAGCAUAACAAUAUUUUGCCACUUCCAAUCAUAGUGGACCUUGACAGUGAUGGGAUUAAUGAGCUUGUUGUUGCCACUCAAGAUGGCAGAAUCAGAGUCAUGACCUUCCCUACCAAGGACUUUGGAGGAGAUCUCUUGCCACAUCUGCACAUAAAGGUUGAAACAUCCAUCAAACUGGACAAUGUUACAUCAGACUAUCAUCCCAUUCCUGUCACCAUGGCAACAGGUUGUUUAAAAAACAGAGCAAGACAUGAUGAAUGUUAUAAGACCAUAAUUGUUGUAACAAGUGACUGGUCUGUCCUGGCUUAUGACCAUUUCUUGAACCUCCUAUGGAAAACGACAGUCAAAGUAAACAGCAAGACACCUAUGCACUUCAAAGAGAUUGCCGUGCUUGCAAUACCACAAGGUCAAGAUGGACUUGUUGUCGUUGGAGGAAGAACUACAGAUAACAAACACCAUAAACAAAAACUGAGCCAUGAUCAUCACGUCGAUGCUGCUCCCAAAGAAACUGUUGAAGAGCUUGCAAGGAAAUCCAACACUCAUUCUACGAUGGACCCGAAUAAGGUUUCCGGUGAGUCGGAACAUUUCUCAACAUUCGCUUUUAAUGGACGAGAAGGAGGAAUAGUCUGGAGUCAUAAGCCAGGUGACUUUGCGGCAAACGUUACAGCAAGAGAGCAUCUUCUUUCAUCGUACCACUUCAAGCUUGCUCUUCAACCCAACCAAUACCAUACAGGUGAAGAACACUGGACUAAAUACCUUAUGUCAUUCCUGAAAACCCUGCCUUACCGAUGGCACCAUCCCAGUGAUACAAAACUCUUCGCUGCUCGUUUUGUCAAGGGCUCAAGAAAAACAAUGUCCAAAGCGGCUAAGCAAAGCUGGUUCGACAUUAAAGCUCCCAACAUCGAUCUUUUCAGCUCCGAAGAAAAGAAGAGCGAAAAGGAUGUGCAGCACAAUUCGAUUGUUGUCCACAACCAACAUGGCGUCGAAGUACUGAAGCUCGACUCCGGUAGACCAAUAUGUCGAUACACAAUCCCCAAGGAGUCAGUCUCACUGGGUGACAUCAAUGAAGAUGGCCAUGUUGAUCACGUGACUACUCAUUUUGAAUCACGUGAUGAUUUUCCCAACAGUGUUCCGUCAUGCACUGCGGUCGUGUCAUCCCAGUCGCGCACGUUAUUCACUGGAUCGAUUUGUCGAACGCUGUCCCUCUUUGGUGGUGUGUUUGACGGGCCAGCUGAUACCAAACAUGGCGAAGAACCGUUACCAGUACCCCCUGUGAUCAUUCACAGUCCACCCCACAGAUCAGGGAUCUUGCGACAUCUGAUGGGUCAUAACCUGAGGAGGAGUAGGGUGGGGUUUGAUAGUGUCUUCCUGGUAAGCACUGGUAAAGUAACAAGCUUUGGUCCUCAUGGAGAACUAAACUGGCAGGUAAAGGUGGAUGGAUCUUGGAAAGAUCGCGUGCGUGCUGAUGAACUAAGCAUGACACAGGAAAACACUAGAAGCUUCCUUCCGUCCAUGAAACCAGUUGCUAUAGAAAGCAACCAAAACCAGAAAGCAUUGUUCAUUGCAAGUUGGCAUCACAUCUCAUUAGUAUCUUUAGUCGAUGGCACUUUACUGGCUUCCCAUACGUUGCCAUGUCAACCCGUAUCACCUGUCGUUGAAGGAGAUUUCACUAAUGAUGGAUUAACCGAUGUUGUGGUUCAGUGUUCUGACAGUUAUCUUGGUUUUUCGCUGGACCGUCAUAUUGGUUACAUGUGGACGAUCAUCUGGGUGGUCAGCAGUAUGAUGGCUGUUGCCAUAGCUUUGGGGUUGCUUCGAGUUUUCGAAGAGGAGCUUUUUGUGACGUAAUGGUGAUCUUGAUCUUCUAAUCUUUUCUGGGCCAUCUUUCUUAAAAAACUUUUUUUUUAAAAAUAGCUAUGAUAAUCGAACUAAAUAGUGUUCAAAUUCAUUCUUGACCAUCCAUAAAGUGUCUUUUCUUUUUUAUUCCCAUGUGGGAAUAUUCUUACUGGACUAGGUUUUGCGACUCGAGCGAUCGGGGGAGAACCCAACACCUCCACCUGCAUGUCUGUCUUGGCCCAUCGUACGCUAAAAUUCGUACAGCUAAGAGCUAAGUAACUUUGGUGACCCUCCUCAAAUACACCAACUAAGUGUGCUUUUCAACCUCUGUUUACUACACAACAAAGAUAGAUAAUAGUGUUGAAGAGCGUGUCGAAAACCAUCCCUCUACUAACAGGGGACACCUAAAAUUUAAUACUAAUGAUAUCUAAAUGUAAAAUCUAAUAUCUAGUACAUAUCGUUGAAUUAUUAUAAGCAUAAAACUGAGAAGUUUUUAAACAAACAAACUUCGUUCAACAUUAAAGAUAUCUUGCCAACAUUCUCCAACAACAUCCUUAAGCUUAGCCUUAAGCUGCCGAUACACGCUGCAAUGUUUUCUCGCGCUGGCAACGCAAUUUCACACUUUUGUUGCAGCGAAAAAUUGCAACGUAUACCAUAUCAAAAAGGUAAAAAUCAGUAAAACUCAGUAUUAAAUCCUGAUUGGCUAGUCUGAAUAGGAUUAUUACAUUGCGAGUAAACAUGGGUGAUAGACGCUGCAAUUUUCAGUUUUCGCUAUUUUUAGGCGUGCAAUUCCGAAAAUGUUGCAGAGAAAAGUGCAAACGUUUUGAUUUUCUGCAACAAUUUUUGCAUUGCAAGACAACGUUGCCGUCAAAGUCGCGGGGCAUGAUACACGCUGAAAUUGUGUCUCGCGCUGGCAAUGCAUCAGAAAAUUGAGAUUGCAUUGCCAAUGCGAGAAAAAAUUGCAGCGUGUAUCGGCAGCUUUAGAAACCAGCUGAGCUGACUGCGUUCCCCGAAAGGGAUUAUGGGCCAACUAUUUUUGGUUAGCAUUUUCCUGGGAGGGGCUGAGUACAAUGUAAAUUUUUUGUGUUGAAUGAAAUAAAAUUCCACCAUGAGUUCAACUAGUAGCACUUACGAUAAAUUUAAAGACUAAAAAUUUCAUAUUUCUUCAGGUUUCUUGUCAGAAUCAUUCAAAUGCUAAUCAAAAUAUUAUGUUGAAUCCACAAUUCUGAUUGGCUGACCUUGAAUUUGUUCUUAAGGUCAAUUCAGCUGGAAAGUGUUUGGUUCAGUAAUAUUUAUCUGUGGGCCAACUAAAUAUCUAGUAAAUGUAUGAUAGACGGUGUCGACUACUGCUUGUUUCUUUUAUGUGAACGGUAACUGAAAACUAAGCUUCAGUGGGAGAAUUCUUUCCCCAAUGGGGAGAGGGGAAGGGAGGGUUUGUAGACGUUUUUAAAAGUGUUUAAAAUUUUGUGUGUGGAAUAAAAAAAACUUGAAUCUC